CUUUGAUGAAAUGGGGGGGAGGGGCCCACGAUACAGUGUUUUUAUUUCUGUCUGUUUUCAUGUCCAGAAAAUAACAACAAUGGUGGAUAUUUGAAGAAAUGUCCGUAUCAGAUCGUUGGCGUGACAUUUUCGUAAUAAAUACCGGAUUGAUAUCAGAGCCGAAUCCACAGGAGGGAGGAUGAAGCGGCGCAAUGCGGACUGCUGCAAGCUCCGACGGCCGUUAAAACGGAACCGAAUCACCGAGGGUAUAUAUAGCAGGUCUUUAUUGGCAUGGGAAACUACCUUCCUGUAUCUGAAGUUUCUGGUGGUGUGGGUACUGGUGCUGCUGGCAGACUUUGUGUUGGAGUUCAGGUUUGAGUACAUGUGGCCCUUCUGGCUCUUCAUGCGCAGUGUUUAUGACUCCUUCAGAUACCAGGGGCUGGCGUUCUCAGUGUUCUUUGUGUGUGUGGCGUUUACGUCUGACAUCAUCUGUCUCCUCUUUAUCCCUGUCCAAUGGCUGUUCUUUGCUGCCAGCACCUACGUCUGGGUCCAGUACGUCUGGCACACAGAGAGAGGAGUGUGUCUACCCACCGUAUCGCUAUGGAUACUGUUUGUGUACAUGGAAGCUGCCAUCCGCUUCAAGGACCUGAAGAACUUCCAUGUGGACCUGUGUCGGCCCUUCGCUGCUCACUGUAUUGGCUACCCCGUGGUGACUCUGGGCUUUGGCUUUAAGAGCUACGUCAGCUACAAGAUGAGACUGAGGAAACAGAAGGAGGUGCAGAAGGAGAAUGACUUUUACAUGCAGCUCCUGCAGCAGGCCCUGCCCCCAGAGCAACAGAUGUUACAGAGACAGGAGAGAGAGGCAGAGGAGGCGGCCAUGGCUAAAGGUGUGACAUCAGAGGUGGACACUACCCCUCUGGUUUCCCAAAACGGGACAACUCCCGGCAAGAAGACCCCCGUUAACGCUUCUGUCCCCUUACCGGAACUGGAGUACCGGGAGAAAGGGAGAGACGGGAACAGCAAGGAGCGGGAGGGCAAACAACAACAACAACAACACACCAUAGGAAUCAACAACAACAGUAUCCUCCACACACUGGACUCCACAUUACAGGAGACAGAGUAUAUGGAGAACAUGGGGGGGAAGAGACUGAACAAUGACCUCGGAGGAGAGAGCACACACACAGACAACACACACACUCCCAAAGAGGAUAUGGGGGGAACAGGAGGAGGAGGAGGAGGAGGAGGAGGAGGGAAGAACUACAAAAACGCCAGCGGAGGCGGUGUGGCCACCAACUCCUCCCCUCGGAAUCACAGCGCCACCAAUGGGACCGUGCCGUCGUCUGGCUCGUCCAAUAAGAAUGAGAAAAAGCUGAAGUCUGCGGGGAAAGGAGGAGCCAAUCAGAAGGAUCCCGUGGAGAACUGCAUUCCCAAUAAUCAACUGGGCAAGCCAGAUGCUCUCGUCCGGCUGGAGCAGGAAGUGAAGCGUCUGAAGGCAGACCUGCAGGCGAGCCGUCAGUUGGAGUCAGAGUUACGUUCUCACCUCUCCUCCCUGACCUGCCAGGACAGGAGUCUGCGCUCAGAGCUGGGCCAGCUGCGACAAGACAACGAGAUGCUGCAGAACAAUGCUGUCCAGGCCAAGCAGAAGGACAAGCAGACCAUCUCCCAGCUAGAGAAGAGGCUGAAGGCAGAGCAGGAGGCCCGGGCCCUGGCGGAGAAACAGCUGGCCGAUGAGAGGAAGAGGAAGAGGCUGGAGGAGGCCACCUCAGCCCGGGCUUUAGCAUUGGCCGAAGCCUCCAGGGGUGAGUGUACUGACUCCCUGCGUGGUCGGAUCAGAGAGUUGGAGACGGAGUGUAAGAAACUCGGCAUCGACAUGAAACUCAAAGAAGAACACAUUAGAGAGCUGGAGGGGAAAUGCCAGGAGCUGUAUAAGUACAAGGAGAAUGAGAAGGACAUGGAGGUGUUGAUGACAGCGCUGUCAGCCAUGCAGGAUAAAACCCAGCACCUGGAGAACAGCCUGUCUGCUGAGACCAGGAUCAAACUAGACCUCUUCUCUGCCCUUGGGGACGUCAAGAGACAGCUGGAGAUUUCACAAGGUCAGAUCCACCAGAGAGAGCAGGAGAUAGCAGAGUUGAAGCAGAAGAUAGCUGAGGUGAUGGCGGUGAUGCCCAGUAUCUCCUACAGCAACGACAUCAGCAGCCUCAGCCCCGUUACACCACACUACUCCUCCAAGUUCAUGGACAAUAGUCCCUCCUCCCUGGAUCCCAACGCUUCUGUCUACCAGCCACUCAAAAAGUGACACUAACUCACACAUUAAUACACUUACUCACAAGACAGCAUACAUGGUCACAUACACACAUUCUCAUACAUACAAAGAGACAAACACUUCUGGCCAUGUUCUCGGAGCCGUCUAGUACUAACCUCUCAACACACACACACUCAGCCCCAAUCUUCUUACUUCGCCUGAGUUUUUGGUCACGGGUUUGUUCCCAUGGCGAUGCUUUGUUUUCUUUCUGUCUGUUUUGGAACAGCUGGAGAGGUUUUGUGGUGUGAAAAACUACACUAGGGAAGAUGUUGAUGUUUUGGGAUUGAGCCAUUCUGAUAUAACUGGUAAGAGAGAUAUAGAGGGACAUCCAGGUUGACAAGGACUGCGUCCCAAAUAGCACAUACAGUUGAAAUCGGAAGUUUACAUACACUUAGGUUGGAGUCAUUAAAACUUGU